AUGCGACGAACCCUGGUUUUUUCCCAAGCAGCAGCCAUACCCAUUCUUAUCUGUCUACAGGCCAUAUCUGCAAGGCCCUUAGACCCUUCCAGACGAUCGGACAUAGCGUCCUCAUAUACCCUCCGCUCAAUCAAAGACCAGCCAAAAGGGGAGAAAGGAGUUAUUGAUCUCGAGAAGAAGGUGAAGCUUCUAAUAGGACUUUGUGCGGGAUUCGGGGCCCUUCUGUUUAUAUCUCUUAUUUUAUAUCUGAUCAUUCACAAAAGAAUGUGGUACCGAAAGCUAUUUUGGCGCGAAAAGGCCAGCCAGAGAGGCGAGAAUAAUGGAGCUUCACCAUCGACCCACCCUGAUUUCCCUUGUCAUCCUCUUUACCGGGAAGGGAUUCGAGCAGCGAGUACCCCAACCAGCCCCAAGCUGCCUGAGGCACAAAUUCCUGCUCCGUCAACCCCUUUCAGAUACCACCCUUAUCAUCCCCAACCACCAAAUGCAUAUUACCAGCCCGUAGAGGUUUACCGAACGCUUAUGCUACCUGACGAAAUACUGGAAACGCAAGCCGGCCAGGCACAUGGCUCCAGAACCGAUCUCUCGGUUGCAAAACGUUCCCAGGACGAACUCUCUACUACACCACAGAGCCGCUCAGAUGCCGCUGAAGUUGCUCCUCAUCCAGCUUUUAUCACACAUCCAGCUCAACUUCCGAUUCAUAGCCCACAGCCGCGUCGCAUGGGGCUGCCUGUGAGCCCCAAGCUCCAGUAA